AUGGCAGACUAUUCAACAGUCCCUCCGCCCUCCUCUGGCUCAGCCGGCGGCGGAGGCGGCGGCGGCGGCGGCGGCGGCGUUAACGAUGCUUUCAAAGAUGCGCUGCAGAGAGCCCGGCAGAUUGCAGCGAAAAUUGGAGGUGAUGCUGGUACAUCACUGAAUUCAAAUGACUAUGGUUAUGGGGGACAAAAAAGACCUUUGGAAGAUGGAGAUCAACCAGAAGCUAAGAAAGUUGCUCCUCAAAAUGACUCUUUUGGGACGCAGUUACCACCGAUGCAUCAGCAGCAAAGCAGGUCUGUAAUGACUGAAGAAUACAAAGUCCCAGAUGGAAUGGUUGGAUUUAUUAUUGGCAGAGGAGGUGAACAGAUCUCACGUAUACAGCAGGAAUCUGGAUGCAAAAUACAGAUUGCUCCUGACAGUGGUGGCCUUCCAGAAAGGUCUUGUAUGUUAACUGGAACACCCGAGUCUGUCCAGUCAGCAAAACGAUUACUGGACCAGAUUGUUGAAAAAGGAAGACCAGCCCCUGGCUUUCAUCAUGGCGAUGGGCCAGGAAAUGCAGUUCAAGAAAUAAUGAUUCCAGCUAGCAAAGCAGGAUUAGUUAUUGGAAAGGGAGGAGAGACAAUUAAACAACUUCAGGAACGAGCUGGAGUUAAAAUGGUUAUGAUUCAGGAUGGACCUCAGAAUACUGGUGCUGACAAACCUCUUAGGAUUACCGGAGAUCCAUACAAAGUUCAACAAGCCAAGGAAAUGGUGUUAGAGUUAAUUCGUGAUCAAGGUGGUUUCAGAGAAGUUCGAAAUGAGUAUGGGUCAAGAAUUGGAGGAAAUGAAGGGAUAGAUGUCCCCAUUCCAAGAUUUGCUGUUGGCAUUGUAAUAGGAAGAAAUGGAGAAAUGAUUAAAAAAAUACAAAAUGAUGCUGGUGUACGAAUUCAGUUUAAGCCAGAUGAUGGAACAACACCUGAUAGGAUAGCGCAAAUAACAGGACCUCCAGACCGAUGCCAACAUGCUGCAGAAAUUAUUACAGACCUUCUUAGAAGUGUUCAGGCUGGUAAUCCUGGUGGACCUGGACCUGGUGGUCGAGGGAGAGGUAGAGGUCAAGGCAACUGGAACAUGGGACCACCUGGUGGACUACAGGAAUUUAAUUUCAUUGUACCAACUGGGAAAACUGGAUUAAUAAUAGGAAAAGGAGGUGAAACCAUAAAAAGCAUAAGCCAACAGUCUGGUGCAAGAAUAGAACUUCAGAGAAAUCCUCCACCUAAUGCAGAUCCUAAUAUGAAGUUAUUUACAAUUCGUGGCACUCCACAGCAAAUAGACUAUGCUCGGCAACUCAUAGAAGAAAAGAUUGGUGGCCCAGUAAAUCCUUUGGGACCACCUGUACCCCAUGGGCCCCAUGGUGUCCCAGGGCCCCAUGGGCCUCCUGGGCCUCCUGGGCCUGGAGCUCCAAUGGGACCAUACAACCCUGCACCUUAUAAUCCGGGACCACCUGGCCCUGCUCCUCAUGGUCCUCCAGCUCCUUAUGCUCCCCAGGGAUGGGGAAAUGCAUAUCCACACUGGCAGCAACAGGCCCCUCCUGAUCCAGCUAAAGCAGGAACUGAUCCAAACUCAGCAGCUUGGGCUGCAUAUUAUGCUCACUAUUACCAACAGCAAGCACAGCCACCACCUGCAGCUCCCACUGGUGCACCAACUACAGCCCAAACCAAUGGACAAGGUGAUCAACAGAAUCCAGCUCCAGCUGGACAGGUUGAUUAUACCAAGGCUUGGGAAGAGUACUACAAAAAAAUGGGUCAAGCAGUUCCUGCUCCUACUGGUGCUCCACCAGGUGGUCAGCCAGAUUAUAGUGCAGCCUGGGCUGAAUACUAUAGACAGCAAGCAGCCUACUAUGCCCAGACAAGUCCCCAGGGAAUGCCACAGCAUCCUCCAGCACCUCAGGGCCAAUAA